AGAACGCCCUCGUACGACCUCGCCCGCCAUGUGUCGGACGAGGUCCUGCUGCGCAUCUUCUCCUACGUCGACGAGCACACGCUGCUGGCCGCCUCGGCUGCGUCGCGCCAGCUCUACAGAAUCGCCUCGGACCCCCAGCUGUGGCGCGUCCACUACUACCACCGGUUCAUCCUGCCGCGCGCCGCCCGCAUCCCGGGGCUCAAGCUCGAGGCAGAGGCCAACGGCCAGGGCGAGCCGCAAGCAUCCGCAGGGGCCAACGCCGCCCAGGGAGCCGCUGCUGGCUCCAGCUCCAGCUCCUUGAGCGACUCCGGCUCCGGAAGGCUGGCCCCCACGUCGGCUGCUCACGCCGAUGCUCGCGCGGAUGCCGAGCCAGCUGAGCCGUUCAAGCCUGCUGAUCCGGCCGACAAGUCCGGCCAUCCGACAGACUAUGUCGACUGGAAGCAGCAGUACCGCCUGCGACACAACUGGGCCCGCGGCCUCUGCGAGGUGCGCCAGGUCGAGGUCAACCCCAUCAACUGCUCCCUGACCCCCGUCCAGGAGCGUCGGACUCUGGUCAAGGUCGUCCAUGGCAUUGCCGUCACCGUCGACCUGCAAGCCGGGCUUCGGGCCUGGGACCUGCGGACGCAGCUCUCCAUUGCGCAGACAACCACAGAGACCCAUGACGGCAUCCACCUCGUGCCCACGGCGCUCUCUCUGGACGGCCAGAAGUUCGAGGCUGGCAUUUUGGACAUUAUGCUGGGCUUCAACGACGGAACCUUUGGCAUUUGGCGGCUGACCAUCAGCCAGGGCAAGCUGGCCGUCUUGUAUCGCCAGGACAAGAGCUAUGUGGGAAGACUCACGUCGGUCGCCUACUCCUACCCGUACGCCCUGACGGCUGCCGAGCUGGGCUUCAUCUCGCUGUACACCUUUGACUCCCCGAACCCCGAGCCGGACGCGGACCUCUCGCACCCCCAUGUGCUGUCAUCGCUCAAGUCCGACUACUCGCGACAGCCGCUGGUCUUGUCCCUCCGCCGGCUCAAGGACUCGGCCGUUGCGUCCAUUGCCUACUCGUUCGACACUGUGAGCGGCUGGGCCAUUGGGAUUCAAAACUUUGACAUCCGGCCCUCGGGCUGCUCCAAGCCCGACGUCAUCACGUCUCGCGUCGCCUAUACUCUGCCUGCCGACACUCGCGGCUUGGCCGCGCCGGCUCACUACCGGCCAAAGUGCCCUACGUGCGCCAACUUUCCCGACUCGUACUUGGACGACGACGAGGGCGGGCCGGCCAAGCUCUGCUACAGCCACCCCUAUCUGCUCGCAACGAUGCCCGACAACACCCUUGUGCUGUUUGUCGUUACUGCGACCGAGAAAUCCUUUGCCAUCUCGAACCCUACCAGGCUCUACGGACACACCUCGGGCAUUGCUGAUGCCGAUGUCACGCCAGAGGGUAGAGCCGUGAGUGUCAGUGAGCGAGGCGAUGAGAUUCGCGUCUGGGAUCUCGAAGGGGGCCGUCGCGACGUGAGCGUCGAGGUGAGGCCCCGGCCUGGCAGAGAAUCUGACGAUGUGGAGGGCGAACCCGCCUCGACAGAGGCAGAGCAGAGGCGGAACUGGGUCGGGACUGACGACCAAAGAGUGACUGUCCUCAGCGAGACGCUGGACGGCCGGGAGAGUCUGGUCACGUAUGACUUUACCUGA